GCUCUGUCCUGCUCACGCGAUUGAGCCGUGCACACACUGCUGGACCUUGGCAUCGAUUCUCAUUGCUCUUGAAUCUGAGGAGCCAUGCGCUGGUGCACGCUCAUCGCUGCGGCAUCAGCCUUCGCACCAGCGCCAGCACGCCGGCGCCUCGCACCACUGCGAGGCGGUCUGAGCAUAGACGACGGCGUAUCCUUACUUUUCGUCGGAGGCAAGGGCGGCGUCGGCAAGACGUCCGUCUCGGCAGCCAUCGCGCAGCGGUGGAGCCGCGAAGGCGGCCGCGUGCUUAUCGUGUCGACGGAUCCGGCCCAUUCGUUGGGCGAUGCGGUCCAGAAGGAACUGAAAAGCACGCCCAUCAGAAUCGCCGACGGUCUAGAUGCCGUCGAGGUCGACGCCGACGGGGCCAUGGCCGAGUGGCGGAAAGCCGUCGAGGCGUUUGAUGCGGAGUCCUUCGCCGGGAGGUACGGGCCUUUAGGCGUGGAGGCCGUGCGGGCCUUGGGCGCGGACGAGUUCGUCGAACUGCUGGCGAACCCGCCGCCCGGAGUUGAUGAAUUAGUUGCGUUGGCUGAUAUUCUCAAGUAUGCCAGAGACGACACUUAUGAUCGAGUCGUGGUGGACACGGCGCCGACGGGCCACGCGUUGCGGUUGUUAGAUUUACCAGACUUCGCGGACGAGUUCGUCGAUAGGUUGUUGAGGCUGCGGGACCGGGUCGGGUCCCUGGCCUCAUUAGCCGGAUCGUUCGGGCUGGGUGGAGCGGUGGAUAGUGUCGCUUCUGAUAUUGAUUCGGUAGCAGGUAAGCUAGACGAUUUACGAGAUAAGAUCUCAGCGGUACGCAGUGCAUUAGCGGAUGGUAGUAGAACAGAAUUCCUAGCCGUGUGUCUGCCAACCAAAUUAGCUUUUGCGGAGACGACGCGAUUAGCGAGAGAUCUAGCUCAAAACACCAGAGGCGGCGGCAUCAAACUAAAAACAGUGGUGGUCAAUCGCGUCGUCGAUGAAGCUACGUUCGGAGACCAGCAGGUCCAGCGACUAGCGACGAGGCAACGUUUACUCUUAGAUAGGUACCUCAAGAAGGAGUUACGAGGUACGUUAUGCACGGAGGCGCCCCUAGCGACGUCGGGCCAGGAGCUCGUGGGUGUGUUUGGCCUACGUUUUUUUGGAGGACCCUUGUUUUCUGAUUGGACGGAUCUGUUCGCACCGUCCAAAUCAUCGAAACUCAUUGUUUGUGGCGGCAAGGGCGGCGUCGGCAAGACUACUGUUGCGGCUUCGCUCGCGGUGGCCUUCGCUGACCAAGGCUUGAGUACCGCCAUCGUUUCGACAGAUCCGGCGCAUUCGUUGGGAGACGCUCUGGAUUUGACACUGGGCAAGGAAUUGACGGAGGUGGACACGUACGGUGCAUCGGCGAAACUAGUCGCGCUGGAGGUCGACGCGGACUCUACGGCAAGAGACGCUGCCUCCGUAUUAGCGUCGAACCUGGGCGAGAAAUUACGGCAGUCGGGUGCUGAUUCCGGUUUAGCUGAUUUAGCUGAUGCGUUCGAGACGCCCCCACCGGGUCUAGAUGAAUUGGUGUCUUUGUUACGGGUGUUGGAGCUACUCCGUUCGAAAGAAUACGAUCGCGUGGUGUUGGAUACGGCGCCGACCGGCCAUACUUUAAGGUUGCUCGCUCUACCUGAGUUACUAGAUGAUUUCGCUGAAAGAGCCGCAGCAGCUAGAGAUAGACUGAAGCGGAACCCCCUCGUCGGUGCUGCUUUGGCAUCUCUCUCUGGAAAUGUCGACGACUCCAUCGAAGAAGCUCGAGAUCGCGUACGAGAAUUGCAAGAUGACGCCUUCGCCAUGGACGCGGUCCUCAAAAACGCGGACCGGUGCGAGUUCGUGAUGGUCGCGGCACCCACCGAUUUGUCGCUGACGGAGACCGACGAUUUGAAGAGGAGUCUGGACGAGUCCGGCGUGAAAGCGCAGCGGUUGGUGGUCAAUGGUAUUUUGGAUGAGGCGGCCUGCAAAAACUUCGCGUCCAGCAGUCUGCAGACGCAGCGCGAGAAUUUGGAGGCUUUGGAUUCCUUGGCGCGGGAGCUGUCUUUGAGUAUAGCGACGGCGCCGCAAUUCGACGAGGACCUCGACGGGCUCGAGGGUUUGGAGGCGCUGGGGGGGGCGUUAUUUAAGUAGUAUCUGUAGUUUA